AUGUCUUCUUCGUCCGGAUAUCAGGCCAUGCCAGGCUGGUACUGGCCCGAUGACGCGCCCAAGACAGAACCCGCCCACGCGACAUCCUCCUCCACAGGUUCCACAUCGCAACCGCCACCUUCAGCCACCUCCAACACUAGCGACAACUCUUCAUCGCAGUCGCGCAGCUCAAAACGUACCCACUGGCCGCCCAGACAAUGCAGAAUCUGCCUCGAGACAGUUCAGCCGACAUUCAAUGUUCCCUCACAAAGCCUUCCUGGCUUCUUACAGUCGUCCAACGUUGUGUACGAAGAUGAAAGUGGCCGUCUGAUCCGCCCAUCUGCUCAGGUUGGUUUGACUGCCAUUGUAUUGAUAUCCAUCGUGUUCAUCCUCGGCUUCGUUGCAGAUCCUAUCAUCAACCUGUAUCUGGACCCAUGGAGCUUUUUGUCCCCCUUUUCCUCGUCGGAAUCUGACUACGCUUAUUACUACGAGGAUGAGUCGUCCACUUGGUACGAGCACUUUGCGAAAGGCUUCGCUAGCAUGGGUGUGCUUGGUUUCUUGAAAGUCCUCAUCGCCAGCCCACUGUCUUACUUCAGGAUUGGAGGCGGUCGAGGUCGGACGACUGGUCGAGACAGAUAUGAGCAGGUCAGCUGGAUCAUCAUCCUCAUCGGUGUUGGCACAUUCCUAGCGGCAGUAUACAAAGGAGUCCGUGUAUGGAGUCGCCGAACGCUUGAGAAAGCUGGCGAGCGUGUCAUGGAUGUCCAAGGUGACAAUGACGACGAUGACGAAUAG